GCUAAUUUUGUGGUAAAUUUAUCAGAUUUUGGCAAGAAUUGGUAUGUUUUUUGGUUAAUAAUGUUGGCAAAAGAAGCAGUUUGGGACACCAUCACUUUCAUUUUGCAAGCUGCUGAGGAGAAAGGGAAGGGAGGAAUACUUAGGCACAGAACUGAUGAAGAAGCAUUGCUCGAGUUCAAAUCUCGAAUUGAUCAAGAAUCUCUAGGAGUCCUAGCUUCUUGGAAUGAUUCCCGGGAUUUAUGCCAAUGGACAGGUGUCAUCUGCGGCCAAAAACACCGCAAAAGAGUCAUUAGUUUGGACCUUCAAGGACAGAAGUUGGCAGGUUUUCUCUCUCCCGGAAUAGGAAAUCUCUCUUUCCUCAGAGUCUUGAAUUUGGGAAACAAUGCCUUCAGAGGGAACAUUCCACCAGAAGUUGGACAUUUGUUCAGGCUUCAGACUCUGAACUUGAGCUAUAACUCCUUCCAAGGUUAUAUCCCUUACAGUUUGUCCAACUGUUCCAAUCUUGCAGAUCUUUCAUUAGAGCACAAUCACCUUCAUGGGAAUAUUCCUUCUGAACUCGGAUCACUUUCUGAGCUUAUAACUCUCUCAUUUCACGACAACAAUCUCACCGGAAUAGUUCCAGCUUCAAUCGGUAAUCUAUCAUCCCUUCAGCAGCUUCUUCUGUUCAGCAACAAACUUGAGGGAGAACUCCCGAGUUCAAUUUCCCAGCUUAGCAACCUGAAUCAACUAGGACUUUCAGCCAACAAAUUCUAUGGAAAGUUUCCAUCUUCAAUUUAUAACUUGUCCUCUCUUCAAGUGAUAUCUUUGGCUUAUAAUAGUUUUUUUGGUAGUCUCAGACCUGAUAUAGGUCUGAGACUACCAGAACUACAGAUACUGCUUUUAUCAACGAACAACUUUACAGGGUAUAUUCCCAUGUCUCUGGCCAAUGCUUCAAGAAUGACUGACAUUGAUCUCAGUACAAACAACUUCAUUGGUGAUGUUCCCUUGAACUUCGGAAGCCUGCAAGAUUUAAUAUCCAUCAAUCUCGAGGAAAAUCAACUAGGUGGAAAUGAUAAAGAUCUCAAAUUUAUCAACUCUUUAAACAACUGCAGUUAUCUAGAUUUGCUAUCUUUUGAUGUCAACAAUUUUCAGAGUAUUCUGCCCAAGUUGGUAACCAACCUAUCAGCUCAACUGACAUGGUUAGGCUUUGGACUAAACUAUAUCCAGGGAAGCAUCCCAGAAGAUAUGCCAAAGCUUUCCAGCUUGUAUGUUUUCAGCGCGGAAGGGAAUUUCUUGACGGGCAGUAUAUCAGCAAGCCUUGGACAGCUUUACAACCUGCAAGUUUUGUCUUUGGCGGGUAACAAUUUGACAGGAUCAAUCCCAUCAUCAUUGGGUAACAUUUCUGGACUUUCACAACUCAUUCUUAAUGAUAAUCAUCUGAAAGGAAGUGUACCAUCAAGCAUCAAGAAUUGCAAAAAUUUGGAGAUUCUUGACCUGUCAAAUAAUGAAUUCAAUGGUUCCAUACCAAGGGAACUGUUUGACCUGUCUGCAAUCAACUUUAUGAAUAUGUCCAAUAACCAUUUCAGAGGUCCCUUGCCGCCUGAAAUUGGAAAAUGGACAGGAAUCACUUCCUUAGAUGUCUCAAACAACAAUCUCUCUGGUACUAUACCAACCACACUAAGGAAUUGCUUGAGCUUGCAAGAGUUGUAUAUGCAAAAAAAUAUGUUCCAAGGAAGUAUUCCUUAUCUAGGAGAAUUAGAAGGUAUCCAAAGUAUUGACCUUUCUCACAACAACUUAUCAGGCCAAAUACCCUCAUUCAUGGUAAACAUGUCUGCAUUACAGAAAUUAAAUGUGUCUUUCAACAAACUAUAUGGAGAAGUACCUACAGAGGGGAUUUUCCUUAAUGCAAGCGCGUUUGACAUUCGUGGCAAUAUUAGGCUUUGUGGAGGGAUCCCAGAAUUCCAUCUAAACCCAUGUCCUGCAACAAAGAAAGGGAAAACAAAAAAACACUUUGGCCUCAAAUAUAUCUUACCCUCUUUGCUGUUGAUUUUACUUUUUGGUUUCAUAUUGCUUUUAUCUGUUCUCUACUGCACAAGAAAUAAAAGGGAGCAAAAAUCCCUGCCAUCAACUCCUUCCAAACACUUUUUCCCCAAGAUCUCCUUUCAAGAACUCUUCAAUGCUACAGAUGGAUUCUCUGAAGCUAAUUUUAUUGGUUCAGGCGCUUUUGGUGAUGUAUAUAAGGGUAUCCUUCGAGAAGAAGGAACAACUGUAGCAGUGAAGGUACUCAAACUUCAACAACCGGGAGCUUUGAAGAGUUUCAUAGCUGAAUGCAAUGCUCUGAGGAGCAUACGGCAUAGGAACCUUGUAAAGGUGUUGACAGCAUGUUCAAGUGCAGAUUUGCAGGGAAAUGAUUUCAAAGCUAUAGUGUACCAGUACAUGCCAAAUGGAAGCUUGGAGACUUGGCUGCAUACAGAAGACGGACAACUAAGUAAACAUUUGAACCUUCUGCAAAGAAUCAGCAUUGCUAUAGAUGUAGCUUAUGCAUUGUACUAUCUACAUGAAGAGUGUAACAGACCUGUUAUCCACUGUGACCUGAAGCCAAGCAAUGUUCUCUUGGAUGAGGAGUUAACUGCUCAUGUCAGUGAUUUUGGUUUGGCAAGGCUCCUUUUAGAAUCUGGUGAUUAUUCCACAGAAAUGUCAGUAAGCCAACUCAGUUCAGUUGGAUUUCAAGGAACAAUAGGAUAUGCAGCCCCAGAGUAUGGGACGGCCAGCAAAAUGUCGACACAUGGUGAUGUUUACAGCUACGGCAUCUUGUUGCUAGAAAUGUUCACUCGAAGAAGACCAACUGAUGAGAGAUAUGAAGGUAACUUCAACCUGCGCGAGUUUGUAGCAAUGGCUUUGCCUAACCAGGUGCUAGAAAUUGUGGAUCAAUCACUACUAUCUGAGGAAGAGGAAAUAGAAGCUUCCCCUGAAAACUGUAGCAACAGUAGACAAGAACAGGUAGAGUCCUUAAUUGGUGUAUUACAGGUAGGACUAAUGUGUUCAGAAGAAAAUCCAAGAGACAGGAUGAAGAUGGAAGAAGUGAUAACAAAGCUUAUUCCAAUAAGAGAUAAAUGGCUCGGAGUUAAACUGCACAAGAGUUUCAGAACUGAAUCAACUGAUGAAUUCCGUGACAGGAUUACUCAGUCAGUGGUUGACAGCAAGGUAUAAGUAUGAGUCUAAAGCAUUCUUCAAAUAAUAAUCAUGGAUAGCAACCUCUAUGGAUUUUCUCCAGAUAAACAGGUUGCUAUCAUACUUGAAGCGACAUUGCUACUUGUUGAAUUGUGUAUUUAAGGGUAGAGAUCACCACCAGAAGUUGAAAAUAGGCUUUAGUUGAAAAACAAGACCCCGACAUGAUUGUUUACCUCCAAGCUGCAAGCACUUCUAUAAGUCUAUGGCUUCAAUGUCCUACUCCUACUAAUACAGCAAUACAUGUAUAAAUAGUUAUUAAUUAAGAGUUGUAUGCUUACCAUGAAAACAAGUAGUAAGAUCCUGCUACUUGAAGAAUGAUUGAUCAACUUCCAAAGGCAUGCUUCAUGCUUCAGCAAUACUCCAUACAAGAAGUCAAGAAGACAAUUCAACACCGUCUUUGAAAUAAAGAAACGGAAUCCAUCUCUCAAAUGGUAGUUCCACAA